AUGGUUCCUUCGUGCUUUGAUGGAAUCUGUGCGUGGGCGGAGCUGGAAGUGGAACAACAUCAAAAUGGAAGCAUGCGGCAUGUGCUCAUCUACUCCCCGACACUGUUAUACGACUUGAAGAAACACGUGACCAUCCGAUUGCAAGGAUUCCUAGGCAAGACAAAUAUCACAACGUUCGGGAAUUGGAAUGGGAAAGAGGGCGGUGCAGUACACGCUGUGCAGUACCUUACACUCACUUCCCAAGGUUGCAACGAUGCCUUCACUGCUCAAGUCAAAGCUCUGGAAGGCAUUCGCAAGUUCGUUGCUCGGUCGUUGAAUCGAGAAAUGGACUCGCUCGAUGUCGAGCCAGAUUCUAUAUGCCUGCAACGGAGAGUGUUCACAAAGGUUGACAACGAAGGCGAAUUCCAUGCAGCUUCAGAUUAUCGCAAUCAGGAUAGCCGAGUGGGAGCUGCUCAGAAGAUGCAGAGAUGCUGGGUGGUUUCUCAUACCAUUAAGACCGGUCUUCGGCUGGAGAACGGUUCUGUCACACGUACAAGCCACAUCGUAUUUCGUCCUGGAGAUUUUGUGGAUGUCUCGAUGUUUGCUGAUGUUAUUGAGCUGCGCCGUCGAAAGGAACGUCGUCUGGAGGUUCAAUUUGCCAUGGAGCAUGUCGUGCGAUUGAUGUCUGUUGUGGAUGUGAAGAAGGUCCAUGACUUGCCCGGAUCCACUCGACCGACACCUGUAGUUGACGCAAUAGAGUCGGGUUUCAAUUUCAUCGAAGACGAGAAUGUGGAGAUGAAUGAGAAUGGGGAGAAUGAGUUGGUUGAGUAG